AUUGCUUUUGCAACAAUAUGGUUUAGAGAAACUUAGAGCUAAACCAGAAAAAAUGAAAUAUGCUUUUGAGCUUCCAGGUAUUCCUAAAGAGACUGAAUAUUUGAAAGUUUUAAUGCCCUAUAAUACUCCCCGUAAUAAAAAUCUUAUUAUGCCAGCUGACUUAAAAGGUGAAACGUUUAAUCAUAUAUUUGGUACCAAUGCUAACUUAUUCGAAUCAUUUGUUCUUCAAAGAAAUAUAAUGGGUCCCUGCUGGUUAGAGAUUCUGUCUCCUGAUUUCGAUGGUCUUAGAAAUGCAACUCAUUGUCAGGUUGAGGUUGCUGUUGACUCUCCAAGUCUUAUAAAGCCAAUCACCAAUGUUAACAUUCCAGCUCCACAUUUAACGGUCACUUCCAUUUCUGUCCAAACUGUCAUGGAUGCAAAAAACAGUAAACAGGAAGUUGCUGCUAUUUCGCUUGCCACUUACCGUAACAUUCCUCAAGAUACCCCAAUUGAUGAAAAUACUGAACCUACUGAAUCUCUCACAUUGGCUAGACCAGUUGGUGGAGCUACCUACUUCCCACCAGGUUUGCAACAAUUGGGUCAAAAACAAGGUAUGAAUUUGAAAACUUUGCCAAAUGAGAAAGUAUUAUUGAAUGGUUUAAAUGCUUUUAUCAAGUCUACGGAUCCUGAUGUUUUCAUUGGUCAUAGAUUGGAAAAUAUAUCAUUAGAUGUUUUGGUCCAUAGAAUGUACGACCUUAAAGUUCCAACAUGGUCAUCAUUGGGUCGUCGUAACAGAAAGACCUGGCCUGAUAGAUUUGGCCGUUCAAGUGGUGGAUUUAAUAACAGUUUACAAAUUCGUGAAAUUUUCCAAGGUAGAUUAUUAUGUGAUAUUGCUAAUGAAAUGGGUCAAUCAUUAACUCCUAAAUGUCAAUCUUGGGAUUUACCUGAAAUGUAUGAUGUCGUUUGCCACAAGAAACAUACUGCUUUAGAAAUUAAUUAUCAAACACCAAGUUUUUCUGAAGAUGCUUCUUUAUUUCUCAUGGCUUUGAAUGAAAAUGACUUUAAUGCUAAAAUCACUGCAGAAAUAUCAUUUUCUACCCAAAUUCUUUCAUUAUCAAAACAAUUGACCAACUUGGCCGGUAAUGCUUGGUCACAUACUUUGAGUGGUACAAGAGCUGGUCGUAACGAAUUCAUUUUGCUUCAUGAAUUCAAAAGAAACAAUUAUAUUGUUCCCGAUAAAGAGGAUAGAUAUCAUAAAAAUUCUCAACAACAGCAAAACAAACUUGAAUCAAGUGAAGAUGAUGCAACUACUGUAACUUCUAACAAGAAACCUAAGUUUCAAGGUGGUCUCGUUUUUGAGCCAGAAAAGGGUUUGCACAAAAAUUAUAUUUUGGUUAUGGAUUUCAAUUCUUUAUAUCCAAGUAUUAUUCAAGAAUUCAAUAUUUGUUUUACUACUGUUGAUCGAGAUGAUUUUAAUGUUUCCCAUGAUGAAGAUAAAGACUUACCAAUCAUUCCAGAUAGGGACUCUUCUCAAGGUGUGUUACCCAGAUUAUUAAACACUUUAGUUACUCGUCGUCGUGAAGUUAAAAAAUUAUUAAAAGAUCCAAAGAACUCUCCUGUUGAAAAAGCACAAUUUGAUAUCAAACAGCAAGCUUUAAAGUUAACUGCAAAUUCUAUGUAUGGUUGUUUGGGUUAUGUGAAUUCCAGGUUUUAUGCCAAACCAUUGGCUAUGUUGGUUACAAAUAAAGGUAGAGAGAUCUUAAUGGACACUAGACAAUUAGCCGAGUCUAUUGGUUUAAGAGUUGUUUAUGGUGAUACAGAUUCUGUCAUGAUUGAUACCGGUGUCGAUAAUUUGAAAGAAGCUUUGAAAAUUGGUGAGGAGUUUAAAGUUCAAGUAAAUGAACGUUAUAGAUUAUUGGAAAUUGAUACUGAUAAUGUUUUCAAAAGAUUAUUAUUACAUGCAAAGAAAAAGUAUGCUGCAAUGAACGUUUCUAUUGAUAAAAAAACUGGACAAGAGCUUACGGCUUUAGAAGUUAAAGGUUUGGAUAUGAGACGUCGUGAGUAUUGUCAGUUAUCCAAAGAUAUUUCUACUUUUGUUUUACAAAAACUCUUAUCUGACACUGAUCCAGAGCAAGCUUUGGGGGAAGUUUAUGAUUAUUUGGAAGAAACAACACAAAAGAUUAAAAAUAAUGAAAUACCAAUUGAUAGGUAUAAAGUUAACACCAGAUUAUCCAAGGACCCAAGCAAUUAUCCAAAUGGUAAGUCCAUGCCACCGGUACAAGUUGCAUUUAGAUUGAGGUCUCAAGGGAAAGUGAUUAAAGCUGGAUCAGUUAUUACUUUUGUCAUUACUGCUGCCAAUGAUGAAAAUGAGACUAAAGAAUCUUCACCAGCCGACCGAGCAAGAGCUAUUACUGAAGUGCUCGCAAAGAACUCGAAUUAUAAACCUGAUGCCAACUAUUACCUAGAAAAACAAAUAUUUGCACCCGUUGAAAGAUUGCUCGAAAGAAUUGAGGGUAUUGACAUGGUUAGAGUUGCUAAAUGCUUGGGAAUCGAUACAAAGAAAUAUAUAUUAAGAGUUAAAAACAACGAGUCUGCCAAUGGUGAAAUUGUGCCUUUAGAAUCAAAUAUCACCGAUAUAGAAAGAUUCAGAUUGUCUAGUUAUCUAAUCAUGAAUUGUAAAUGUGGUCAUAAGUUUAGAUUCGGUGGUAUACUUGCAUCUAAUGACUAUAAAGUUACAUUCAAUGGUAUUUCUUGUGGGAAAUGCGAUUAUACAUUCCCACAAAUCAGAAUUGCAUCCCAAUUAGAAAAUGCUAUCAGAACCCAUUUAGCUUCUUACUACGCAGGGUGGUUGGUGUGUGAUGACGGUGCCUGUGGUAUCACUACCAGACAAAUCUCGGUAUACGGUAGACGUUGCAUUGGUAGUUCAGGUACCAGUCACGGUUGCAAAGGUGUUAUGAAAUACAAAUAUACCGAUAAAGCAUUGUAUAAUCAAUUAUUAUACUUCAACUCCAUUUUCGACGUUGAUAAAGCAAAAAAAAACGAAUUGAAACCAAUAUAUGAUGUUUUUGAUACGGUUGAAAACCAACCUAAGAAAUUAGCAUCUGGUCAAGUUGACGCUUUAGCUGAACAAAAUAGAGAAUUGUUCACUCAAUGCCAGGACGUUAUUCAAAAAUACUUAGGUGAUUGUGGUCGUCGUUAUGUUGAUAUGUCUGGUCUUUUCGAUUGGAUGAGUAAGGCAUAGCUUCAAUCCUUUCAAGUUAUUAGUAUUUUGCACCUCUCGUUUCCUUUCAAUUCUCUUCUUUGGUUGUAUUUUGGUUCUUUUUUCAGUUUUGUAUUACACUUCUCUUCCUUUUUGUACACUAGCU